AUGACGAAGAACAAGAUUCCCAACGUCAAUGUAGGCCCCGGGCUCCUGGUCAAAUGGGGGCCUCGGGUGUGGUCUGCAGGGGACCAGCUACCCCGGGAGCUGGCACCGUGUCCUGCCCCUGCCCCAUGGCAUAGAAUCGAUACCAUUGAUCAAUACCACCCCCCUCCCCGAUUGCCUUGGGUUUGGCCAGGAUUGAAAAAGCGUACAAGGAAGGCCUUUGGAAUACGGAAGAAAGAGAAGGAUACUGAUUCCACAGGUUCCCCGGAUCGAGAUGGAAUUCAGCCCAGCCCACAUGAGCCACCCUACAGUAACAAAGCAGAGUGUGCACGUGAAGGAGGAAAAAAAGUUUCGAAGAAAAGCAACGGAGCACCAAAUGGAUUUUAUGCAGAAAUUGACUGGGAAAGAUAUAACUCACCUGAACUGGAUGAAGAAGGUUACAGCAUCAGACCCGAGGAACCCGGCUCUACCAAAGGAAAGCACUUUUACUCCUCCAGUGAAUCGGAAGAGGAAGAAGAGUCGCACAGGAAGUUCAACAUCAAGAUCAAGCCAUUGCAAUCUAAAGACAUUCUUAAGAAUGCGGCCACCGUGGAUGAGCUGAAAGCGUCCAUAGGGAACAUCGCGCUGUCCCCGUCGCCCGUGAGGAAAAGUCCGAGGCGCAGCCCGGGUGCAAUUAAAAGGAACUUAUCCAGUGAAGAAGUGGCGAGACCCAGGCGUUCCACACCAACUCCAGAACUCAUAAGCAAAAAGCCCCCUGACGACACUACAGCCCUUGCACCCCUCUUCGGCCCCCCACUAGAAUCGGCUUUCGAUGAGCAGAAGACAGAAGUUCUUUUAGAUCAGCCUGAAAUAUGGGGCUCGGGCCAACCAAUUAAUCCAAGCCUGGAGUCACCAAAGCUAACAAGGCCUUUUCCCACUGGAACACCUCCACCACUGCCUCCAAAAAACGUCCCAGCCACCCCACCUCGAACAGGCUCCCCCUUAACGGUCGGACCAGGAAAUGACCAGUCAGCCACAGAGGCCAAAACUGAAAAACUUCCAUCCAUCAAUGACUUGGACAGCAUUUUUGGCCCAGUGCUGUCCCCCAAGUCCGUUGCCGUUAACACUGAAGAAAAGUGGGUGCAGUUUUCUGACACGUUCCUGGAACACGUUACUCCAGAGUUGACUCCGAGGGGAAAGGUGGCGUCCCCGGGGGCUGCAUCAGACAUCCCGGCUGACUCCCCAUCUCCGGGCUCUCCUGGGCCCCCGGGACUCCCGGGUCCCCCGGGUCCCCCAGGGCCGGCUGGUCCCCCACGCCAUGCACCGGCUCCACUUAAUUUAGAAGAAAUCCAGAAGAAAGCUGCUGAGCAGACCUUCAUCAAAGACGGUUACUUAGAAACAAUCUCAUCUCCUAAGGAUUGGGGGCUGGGGCAGAGAGCAACUCCGCCUCCCCCGCCACCACCCACCUACAGGACUGUGGUUUCGUCCCCUGGACCUGGCUCGGGCGGUGGUACCGGGACCACCAGUGGUGCGUCGUCGCCUGCCCGGCCAGCCACCCCCUUGGUCCCUUGCAGCGGCAGCAGCACUCCACCGCCACCUCCUCCCCGGCCCCCGUCACGACCGAAGCUGCCUCCAGGGAAACCUGGGGUCGGAGAUGUGUCCAGGCCCUUUAGCCCUCCUGUACACUCCGCCAGCCCUCCGCCAAUAGCACCCUUAGCCCGCGCGGAAAGCACUUCUUCCAUCUCGUCCACCAAUUCCCUGAGCGCAGCCACCACUCCCACCGUUGAGAAUGAGCAGCCUUCCCUCGUUUGGUUUGACAGAGGAAAGUUUUAUUUGACUUUUGAAGGUUCAUCCCGGGGACCCAGCCCCCUGACCAUGGGGGCCCAGGACACCCUCCCCGUGGCAGCAGCCUUCACGGAAACUGUCAAUGCCUACUUCAAAGCAGCAGACCCCAGCAAAUGUAUUGUGAAGAUCACCGGGGAGAUGGUGCUGUCUUUCCCUGCCGGCAUCACCAGACACUUUGCAAACAACCCGUCCCCGGCUGCCCUGACUUUCCGGGUGAUAAACUUCAGCAGGUUAGAACACGUCCUGCCAAACCCUCAGCUGCUCUGCUGUGAUAACAUACAAAAUGAUGCCAAUACCAAGGAAUUCUGGGUAAACAUGCCAAAUUUGAUGACUCACCUAAAAAAGGUGUCUGAACAAAAACCCCAGGCUACCUAUUAUAACGUGGACAUGCUCAAAUAUCAGGUGUCAGCCCAGGGAAUUCAGUCCACGCCUCUGAACCUGGCGGUGAACUGGCGGUGUGAACCGGCCAGCACCGACCUGCGCAUCGACUACAAGUACAACUCGGACGCCAUGGCCACCGCCGUGGCCCUCAACAACGUGCAGUUCCUGGUCCCCGUGGACGGUGGUGUGACCAAGCUGCAGGCCAUGCUCCCGCCAGCCAUCUGGAAUGCUGAACAACAAAGAAUAUUGUGGAAGAUUCCUGAUAUCUCUCAGAAGUCAGAAAACGGAGGGGUGGGUUCUCUCUUGGCAAGAUUUCAGUUAUCUGAAGGCCCAAGCAAACCUUCCCCGUUGGUUGUCCAGUUCACAAGCGAAGGGAGCACUCUGUCUGGCUGUGACGUUGAGCUUGUUGGAGCAGGGUAUCGAUUUUCCCUCGUCAAGAAGAGGUUCGCUGCAGGAAAGUACUUGGCAGAUAACUAAUAAAAUCUUUUUGCAAGGAUUUGGAGGAGUCAUAUGACGCAGGGCUGUUGUGUGAGACACGGGUUUUGACUCUGGUUUGAAGAGAACAAACUCAGACCUGCACUUGGGAGUGAUCCCCGGGCAGUCAUGACUCCGGCAGCGCUGCCCCCACACCCACCGCCAUGCCCCGGUCCUACAGUAUUUCCUUCUAGGUGUAACAUUGUUCAUGGUUUUAAAAUGUAAUUAUUGUAUUUGUAAAUUGUACUCAUUCCAGUAGGGCAGUUAGACACUUGAGUUUUAGCAUUUUACCAUUCCUGAAACAGAUGUAAUUUAAACUGUGGUAUGUAAAUUUACUAGUAGUACUAUCUGAACCGCACAGUGCUUCCAGAGGUACCUUACGUUUUGUCAAUAGAUAAAAUUUAAAUAUAAUGUUGACAGCUGUGAGAAAGGGGGUUGCCACAUAUGAAAAUGCUCACAUGGAACCAGGAAGAAAAACAUCGCUUUUCUUCAGUCCUUAGUAUGUUUUACUCUAGUGCUAAAUAAAAAUUCUAUCUUCAAAUGUUUAGUGGGUUAAAUUCAGCAACUAUUUCAGAAAAAAAAAUUCUAAGGUUACAGCAUAUUCAGAGAAGCAUUAAUUACCACUUUUUAAAGAGCUUUUUUUUCAAACUGCAAAUUUCAUAAAAAUGCAAACUGUACAAACAGGGCCUCUUAUUUUUAUAACUUAUGUAAAAAAGGGAAAGCGAUUCAUAUUUAAAGUUUAAGUAUAUUAAAUUAUAAUCAAGAGUAAAGAUGUUGAAGUCUUAACUACUCCCCCUCUCUCUACAGUUUAGCAAAUGCGGAGCUUGCUGUAUAACCAAUCAGCCAGACUAAAACCAAAAUUGUGAUUUUAGGGUUUCGAGACUUUCCAUAACUGAACUGGUUAACAAGUUUUGCACAAUUAUUCCGAACAGAUGGUCUCUCCCUCCUGCACGGGAGAAACAUACCUCGUCUUCCUCAUUGCGCACAGGGAUUAAAAACAUCAAGAAUGAGAAUCUUAGGGGGAAAAAUACUUCUUAGUUUUCUGUUUUGAUCCAGAGGAGAAUUUUAACUGUCAACAUGUAUAUCAUUUAGGAAGGAACAGAUGUGGUUUAAAAAUUGAAAUUCUGUUCACAUUAUUGUGCAAUAAAUUUCCUGUUGGAUAAUUCAGAGUCACUGUAUAAAAUGCAAAUCUCUUGUCAUUCUUGGGGAAUCAAGAGAGGAGUUAUCCACGGUUGCAAAAUACAAUAAAAACUGCAAUUCUUCAGCCUGGCCACACAGUGUGGGCUUCAGAGAGAACAACUUCACCCGCCCCUGAUGUAAAACCUUCCCCCAUUACCACCUGCAGCCAUUCCUCUUCCUUUAAGUCACAGAGCUUGUUUUAAUCGUAAUCAAUUCCUACUCCAGGUUAUAACUAAAUAACUGAAAGGAAGCUGUUAUGUUUAUCAUUCAUUGCAAAAUUUCAUUUUCUAUUCACUGAAAUUAGACAAAGAAUCUUCAGCUCCUUUAAAUUUUGGAAUCAAGUAAAAUUUUUUAAAUCUUACUUUUGAAAUAAGAUUGUGACUGGCAACUGUUUAUAGUGGAACUUUUUAAUAUUUGUACUCUCUAGUCAGUGCUACCAAGAGUGUAUGCAACAAAGUGGGUUUUGCUUUCUCAGAAUUCUUAGGCUUUGAACUCUCAUUUGACUCCCACAGCACUUAAAUGCUGUCGUUUUUUUCAACAAAGUAAAGAUAUCCUACUUGGCUUUGAAGCCAAAAUAGAAAACUGCAAAAGAAAAACUUUACAUCCUAUGCAGCCUGCUGAAAUUUAGAACACAAAAGCCAAUAAACAGUAAGCAGCAGAAAACAUGAUUUUAAGUAAUCCUUUCAUGAAAACCAUAUUGAAUAUUAACAAAGCAUAUUAAAAUGUGUAAAUAUUACUGGUUCUCAUGUCUUUCUCUUUAUAUCUUAUUUUAUAUAGAUUUAAAAUAAAUUAGUAAUUAAACAC